CGGCCCGGAACACGCUAGUGGAGCGGAAGAUGGCGGCGGCGGCGGCGGCUGCAGCCGGGACUUCAGUCGGGCUGAGGCAGAGGAGCCGCCGGCUCUGACCUCGCUCUGGCUCCGGUGCGUGCGGCUGAGCGUGUGCGAGGCCCCGCGCGUCGGGCAGGGGCGGCGGCGGCCACUGCGCGCCGCCCUGAGCAGCGCCCGGGAGGCGGCGCGGCUACGGCUGAGGAGAGAGCCGGCUCGGGGCCUCGGCGUCCUCCUCCUCCUGCUCUCCCGGGCCCCCGCCUCCUCGGGGGGGCGGCGGCGGCGAUGUUCUCGGUCCUCUCGUACGGGCGGCUGGUGGCCCGCGCCGUGCUCGGCGGCCUCUCGCAGACCGACCCCCGGGCGGGCGGCGGCGGCGGAGGAGGCGGCGGCAGCGGCGACUACGGGCUGGUGACGGCCGGCUGCGGCUUCGGCAAGGACUUCCGUAAGGGCCUCCUCAAGAAGGGCGCGUGCUACGGGGACGACGCGUGCUUCGUGGCCCGGCACCGCUCCGCCGACGUGCUGGGGGUUGCAGAUGGUGUGGGAGGAUGGAGAGACUAUGGAGUUGAUCCGUCCCAGUUCUCAGGGACUUUAAUGCGUACGUGUGAACGUUUAGUCAAAGAAGGACGGUUCGUACCAAGUAAUCCCAUCGGAAUUCUUACCACCAGCUACUGUGAGUUGCUGCAAAAUAAAGUACCUUUGCUUGGAAGCAGCACCGCCUGCAUCGUGGUGCUGGACAGGAGCAGUCACCGGCUGCACACAGCAAACCUUGGGGAUUCCGGCUUCCUGGUGGUCAGGGGCGGUGAGGUGGUGCACCGGUCCGACGAGCAGCAGCACUACUUCAACACUCCGUUCCAGCUCUCCAUCGCCCCGCCGGAAGCGGAGGGAGUCGUCCUGAGUGACAGCCCGGAAGCUGCUGACAGCACGGCCUUCGACGUCCAGCUGGGCGACAUUAUCCUGACGGCAACAGAUGGGCUGUUCGACAACAUGCCUGACUACAUGAUCCUUCAGGAGCUCAAAAAGCUAAAGAACUCAAACUAUGAGAGUAUCCAGCAGACGGCAAGAAGUAUUGCUGAGCAAGCUCAUGAGCUGGCAUAUGACCCAAAUUAUAUGUCACCUUUUGCACAGUUUGCAUGUGACAACGGCUUGAAUGUGAGAGGUGGAAAGCCCGAUGAUAUCACCGUCCUCCUUUCCAUUGUGGCCGAGUACACUGACUGAGCAGCCGUGGGGUCAGCGCUGCGUUUCCCCUCAGCGUCCCUGCCGCCGUUGCCCAUGCUGCCGGCAAGACCGCGGGUAUCGGGCCUGGCCUUGGGGCCCAUUGAGGUCUUUGUUGAGAACCACUACUGUCCCUCCCUCACUCAUGGCUGCCGUCUACGCCUGAAGGGAACUUGGCUCUGAGGUGUCCUCGUGGAAGCUCUCCCAGCGUGUGACUUUUCUCACAGGCUGUUGCUUCUCAAAAACAGUUGAAGUUUGGGAAAUGA